AUGGACUCGGCAGUGGGGGGAACGGCCUCGAACAGCUCCCCCCUCAGUCUGCUCAUAGACACGUCCUACAGCUCUGAGGAACAGCGCUCCCUGGUGGACACUUCCACUUUACCGUCUCCAGAGGUUUUCAGAGAGGAACGUUAUGCCGAUCUCUGUCCUUUCUCUCUGGACGAUGACCUGGUGCUGCCCAUAAAGAAUUCUACUCUGAUGGAGACGAGUCGCUCUGAGGCCAUCCACUUGUACCACCAUCCCGAGCUCUCCAGUAUCACAGAUUCCCCCACAGUCCUGGAGGAAAAGCCUCUGAACCUCUGCACAAACCAAAGACCCCCAUCUGAUGACAGGAGUCCGCUGUUCUCUGAGAGGCGUGAGGAGGCGGAGCCAAGAGGAGCCAAAGAGGAGGAGCAGCAGGGCGACCAGCAGGGAGGCGUGUUCUUUGACUUUCCCUCUGACCACGAUCUUCAGACCAAUCAGAAAAUCGCGCUGGCCGGGGUAUCUGGGCAGAUCGGCAACCGCGCUGUGACUAAUGUGUCAUAUGACUCUGGCAGCCCAUGGGGGCAGAUCCACGGGAUAGUCUCCUCUCGGGUUCGAUGUGAGGCGGUCUGGCCGAAGCUGGACCUCUCUCCCGGGUUCAUCUCACCACACUAUGCCGCCCACGUUAUUCCACAAACUUUUUAA